GCCAGCUGGGCUAUCUUCUUUCCACUCUCUUUCCCUUUGAAUCCCUUCCCUGCUCCUCGCAGCCAAGAAGCGACCAUGGACGGCUCGCCCCAGGUCAUUCUGGCUGCCCACGGCCGCCAUUGGCACAAAAAGACCAUAUGGCAGGACUCUCUCGCCGUUCCCACCUAUGCGGCCACCAUUUCUGUUGUAGUUCUUCUCCUUCACCUUGUUAUCGUUUCACGACCAGUUCAAAAACUUUGGGCUCGUGUAUCACCUCCGAAAGACGAAGAUUUCGACGCCGUCGCCGCACAAGACGAAAGUCCCAUACCUGCGGAAGGUGUUGUCGCUGAAACCAAAGCAUUUGUUCAAAGUCAUGGCGGACCGGUCCAUUUUGUCUACAAGAUACUAAGGCUACUCGGAUGUUUCGCUUUCCUUGGCAUAUGCGCUGCCACCUUCGUCUUCGAGGAGGGUCUCGCUGAGGACUCUGAUUUGACUCUUCUCCUCCGGAAGCACCGGAAAGACCCUAAGCCCGACCAAACUCAGAGUGCCUUCUCGGACGAAGAGUGGCUCCAGUUCGCUCUUUGUAUGACAGCCACCUACGCGUCGCUCCUAGCUUUGAUCUCCGUGGGCACACGACCACGCUGGAGCAAGCUCAUAUCCAAUCAUCUAGCUACUAUUCUAUUGGUCACCUUUGCCGUGUUCAUCUAUCGGGACAUUUACCCCCUAUUGACCUUCACUAAGCAACCUCAAGACGUCCAGGAAGGCUGGCUGCUAUGGUCGAGGCUGAUCGUUUUAGGUCUCAUUGCUGUCGUGUUUCCCUUGGUGUUCCCGCGCCAAUAUAUCCCUGAAGACCCCACUGACCCAUCGAGCGAGCCCCAUCCAGAGCAGACAUCGUCCUGGUUAUCGAUGUUCCUAUACUUAUGGCUCGAUCCCAUCGUCCUAUUGGCCUACAGAGUUCCCCACUUGUCUGUUAACCACUUGCCUCCUUUGGCUGAUCACGACCGCUCCGCCCUUUUAAUGAAACGGUCUUUGCCGCACCUGGAUCCCUUCUCAGGUAGCAAGCGUAGACAUAUAUUCUUUGGUUUCUUGAAUAUAUUUGGAGUGGACUUCUGCGUCCUUGCAUUGACGGUCUCUCUUCAGGCGAUCUUCUCUUUGUCUGCACCGUUCGCCAUCAAAAAUCUUCUUGAGUACUUGGAGACUAAAGGGCUGGGUGCAGUCUUCCGCCCAUGGGUAUGGAUCGCUGUCCUUUUCCUCGGACCCAUGGCAUCGUCGCUCGUCUUUCAGUGGUACAUUUUCAUUGCGACUCGCCUCCUGGUCAGGACCGAGGGUAUCAUCACUCAGCUCGUGUUCCAACAUGCUCUUCGUAUCCGGAUGAAGGCAGAAUUGCCAGAUUCAAAGUCACCUGACGGAAUGAAUACACCCUCAGAGGCGUCGGAAACGGCUUCGCUCGCCGACUCUACGAUUUCGGUUGGAGAAGACAACACUGUAGCCAACGAGGCGCAAGUUCACUCGAGUGCAGCCAGCGUCACUUCAUCCAGGAAAGGAAAGCAGAGAGCAGCAUCGGCUCAUUCCAGGGCGACUUCAACCGCAUCUGUGCCGGCUGACUACAAGCCUGAAUCUAGCUCUGACAACCUUAUUGGCAAGAUUAACAACCUUGUCAGCACUGACUUGAGUAACAUCACGGAUGGCCGUGACUUCCUCUUGUGCUUCCUAUACAUCCCAUUGCAGGUUGGCUUGUGUAUGGUGUUCCUCUAUCAGAUUCUCGGCUGGAGCGCGUUGGUCGGACUGGCCAUCAUGGCCGUCACCUUCCCUCUUCCUGGGUAUGUUGCCAAGUUGAUCCAGACUACUCAGAAGCAAAAGAUGAAGAGGACCGAUGCCCGUGUUCAGUCCGUCACCGAGACCAUGAACGUUUUGCGUAUGAUCAAGCUCUUUGGUUGGGAGUCCAGGAUGGACGAAAAGAUCUCUGAAAAGCGAGAGGAUGAGCUAAUCUUCACCUGGAGGCAGAAGGUUCUUGAGCUGGUCAACAAUAACUUGAACUUCAUCAUUCCCAUUUUGGUCAUGCUGGCCACCUACGCUACAUACACCCUCAUCAUGAAAGAAACACUGAGCGCUGGCAAGGUCUUCUCUUCCAUGUCGGUCUUUGAUAUCAUGAGGGACCAGCUUCACAUGGUGUUCUACAUGGUACCAAAGAUGAUGCAAGCCAAAGUUUCCCUGGAUCGUGUCAACGACUUCCUUUUCGAUACUGAGUUGCUCGAUAUUUACACCGAGGAUGACGAAGCCGCCCUGCUUUUCCCGCCCGAUGAGGACAAGUCUGACGAGAUCGGUUUCCGUGACGCCAAGUUCUCUUGGUCGAGCGAGGGAAGCGGUGCUCUCACUCCCUCCAAGCGCAAGUUCAACUUGCGCAUUGAGGACGAAAUCCUUUUCAAGCGUGGUCGUAUCAACUUAAUUGUUGGCCCAACGGGUUCAGGCAAAACUUCACUGUUGAUGGCUCUGCUAGGCGAGAUGCAUUUCAUCCCGUACAGUCCCAACUCCUGGUUCAACUUGCCGCGUAAAGGCGGUGUGUCCUAUGCUGCCCAAGAGUCUUGGGUGCAGAACGAGACUAUCAGGGAUAAUAUUCUCUUCGGCGCUCCUUAUGACGAAGCCCGGUACAAGAAAGUCCUGUAUCAAUGUGCCCUCGAACGUGACCUUACUCUGUUUGAGGCUGGUGAUCAAACUGAGGUUGGGGAGAAAGGUCUUACCCUCAGUGGUGGCCAAAAGGCUCGUGUUACUCUGGCUCGUGCGAUUUACUCGUCAGCCGAGAUCAUCCUGUUGGACGACGUGCUUGCCGCUCUGGAUGUGCACACUGCGAAAUGGGUUGUCGACAAGUGCUUGGGUGGUGACAUGGUCAAGGGCCGUACGGUCAUCCUUGUGACACAUAAUGUUGCGAUGGCGAGCACCGUUGCUCAGUUCGUUGUGUCUCUAGGCUCCAACGGACGCGUCCUCAGCACCGGCACGAUCAGUGAUGCCGUCACCGCCGACAGCGGUGUGGCUGCUGACAUGGUAAACGAGCAGGAGCUGAUCGAGAAGGACGAAGAAGUGAUCGAUGCCCCUGCAGAGGGAGAGACUAAGGCCGGCCCUAAGGCUGAUGGCAAGCUGAUUGUCGCAGAGGAGGUUGCGGAGGGUCAUGUCAGCUGGGCUGCCAUCAAGCUUUUCCUGACAAGCUUGGGUGGACAAUACCCCGUGCUGUUCUGGUUCACCUUCAUCGGUUUCAUGGGUCUGACUGAUCUCAUCAACACCAUUCAAACUUGGUUCUUAGGCCAAUGGGCUGCGCAAUACGAGAUUAAGUCGCCUUCCGAGGUCAACGUCACUUUCUAUCUGUCUGGCUACAGCAUACUACUGCUUCUCGCUACCAUCUUCUUCACUACUGCUUAUGCGCUAUACUAUUGGGGAAGCAUGAGGGCCUCCAGGAUCCUCCAUCAAAAGCUCAUUUCCUCAGUGCUUGGAACGACCCUUCGUUGGCUUGAUACGACACCAACGUCCCGUGUCAUUACUCGCUGCACUCAAGACGUGCGGGCAGUUGACGGUCCAUUCGCUCAGGGAAUCGGUUGGAUGGUAGAGCUCACGAUGACCAUGCUUGUGAAGCUGGGCGCGGUCGUAGCCUUCACUCCGAUCUUCCUCAUUCCCGGUUCCUUUGUCGCUGCCAUUGGGGGUUGGAUUGGCAGGAUUUACAUGAAAGCCCAACUAUCCGUCAAGCGAGAGAUGAGCAAUGCCAAAGCUCCUGUCAUGGGUCACUUUGGUGCAGCUAUAAACGGACUUCCGUCGAUCCGUGCAUAUGGUGCCGAAGAAGCCUUCAAGCGUGAGUCCCUGAAGCGCAUCGACCGUUAUACGACUACUGGUCGCAUGUUCUACAACCUGAAUCGCUGGGUCUGUAUUCGUAUCGAUGGUUUCGGAGCUAUAUUCUCUGCUGGUUUGGCCGCCUAUCUUGUCUACGGCCGUCAAGAUCUGCAAGCUUCCAACAUCGGUUUCUCGCUGAACAUGGCAGUUGGCUUCAGCUCGAUGAUCCUUUGGUGGGUUCGUAUUCUAAACGAAGUCGAGGUCAACGGCAACAGUCUUGAGCGUAUCGAAGGUUACAUCACCAUUGAGCAAGAGCCCAAACCGACGGAGGGCGGACAACCUCCUGCCUAUUGGCCCUCGAGCGGCGACCUGCGCGUCGAAGGACUUACUGCACGCUAUUCCUCAGAUGGUCCUAAGGUUCUCAAGAAUCUCGACUUCCACAUCAAGUCUGGAGAGCGUGUCGGUAUCGUUGGACGGACAGGCAGUGGCAAGAGCUCGCUCACGCUGUCUCUUUUGCGCUGUAUCUUCACGGAAGGACAAGUCUACUAUGACGGCAUACCUACGAGCUCUCUCAACCUGGAUGCUCUUCGGUCAAAUAUUACUAUCAUCCCCCAAGUGCCGGAGCUUCUGAGUGGAACUCUUCGUCAAAACCUUGAUCCCUUUGACCAGCACGAUGAUGCGGUUUUGAACGAUGCUUUGCGCUCCUCUGGUCUUUAUUCUGUUCAGGAAGAAGACGAAGAGAGCAAGCUCACCCUCGACAGCGCCAUCGCAAGCGGUGGCGGCAAUCUCUCUGUCGGCCAACGCCAGAUCCUUGCUCUCGCUAGGGCCAUGGUCCGCGGAAGCAAGCUGCUGAUCCUUGAUGAAGCAACCUCCGCUAUCGAUUACAAGACGGACACUGCCAUCCAGGAGUCACUCCGGCAAGAGUUGAAGAGAGGUAUCACCCAGAUCAUCGUAGCUCAUCGCUUGCAGACCAUUAUCGACGCAGAUAAGAUUAUGGUCCUGGAUGCUGGCUGUUUGGUCGAGUUCGGCAGCCCUUGGGAGCUUCUCCAAAACGAGAGGGGGAAGUUCCGCGCGCUUGUCGACGAAAGUGGUGACAAGGAUGCCCUCUACGACACAGCAAGAAACGCUGACGCGAGCGGAAGUUCCUGAUUACCACCGCCUACGUCGAUAUUUACCAUCUAUAUUCCAUUUUUGCUACAGUCGGACAUGUCUAUGUAACGUAAAUAUAUCCGGUACACGAAAUGUGUUAGGUCCCUUCGCAUUCAAGAUUUCCUAUAAAUGUGCAGCAUCGUGACCAUAUUGAUCAGACGACAUGCAACCCUCUAUGUGGUAUCAAGACUCAAAGAGUGAUGUUAACCUCAACCUGAUGUUCACCAACAUAUUGUGCCGAAACGUGAGUGAGAUCCUGCACGACGAAGGUUGGGAAGAUCACCGGAGCAUCCGAAUCGGAACUGUCUUGUUUAAUGACGAAACCACCCUGGUUUUCCCGCUCUUCAAAGCUUUUCCCUAGACGGGUGAGAGCUUCGCGAAGUUCUUUCAUGAGAUUUUCACGCGUGUCAUGGGACGUGCAUACGGCGAGGGUCCUCGCGCCCGCGUUUAACCCUGCGAUCAGUCCAGACGGUGCGUCUUCUACAACCAGACAUUUCUUGGGAUCCGCUUGACAAGCCUCGGCGCCCUUGAGGUAGGGGGCGGGAUGCGGCUUGCCUUGCGGGAUGUCAUCGGCCGUGACAAACCGCUUCGGAAGGGGUAUUCCACAGAUCUUCAGUGCCCGAGGCGUGUACCAGCUGGACGCCGAGGUGACGAUGGUCCAUCUUUGCCUUGGCUCGUUCUUCUCCGCCGAGAGCUGUUCCACCUUGAGCUGGUUGAGGAGCUUCUCUACUCCAGGAAGGAUCUGUGGUUGACCUCCCAGCUUAUUUUCUGGUGCAUUCUCGUCCGUGUUAUCAUCUUCUUCGCCAAUGACGGCCCUCUCGAACCGCAUGAUCUCAUCCUGGAGCUUCUGCCCGCUGAGCUCGGGCUCGCUCUCCGUCUUGCAAAAAUCCUUGAGGCUGUCAAGGAGACGUCUGCCAUGAGAUGCAUUUGCCGCCGCUACGGGAUCGAAAUGGUAUGUUUUGGAGAAGAUCGCCCAUGCUUUGAGCACUCCGGGGGUGGAAUCGAUCAGAGUCCCGUCCAUGUCAAACAGGAUAGCAUCGACAGUAACAGUUUCUGUG